UUCUAACCUUCCAGAUUUGAACAACACACGUCCAGAAAUAAUGUUUAUGCGGGGUUGAAUCUGAAUAUUAUCAAGAUUUAAACGCACGCUAAGGCCACAUUAAAGAAACCCUCCGCCAAUCCAGCACAACUCUUUCAACUCACUCACUCUUCGCGAGUGGGCGGUGAGGUCAUCGCCUACAAUAAACUAAUUAUUACCCUUUGAUUUUCAGGUCAGAUUGUGAUUAAAGAAGAAAUAAUCGUUGAAACGAUUUGAAUAUGAGAAAAAAAGCAAAUUGAUUAUUUCAAGUCGACGAUAUAAUUGAAUCUUUAACGUGGGAAUAUCGAUUGGAAAUAGCGUGCCGCUUCUGUAUUAAGUAAAACGGGACACUUAUCAAAUAUAACGAAGUUAAAACGAGGGCAAGAAUUCAAUAGAAAUUUUCUUUCAAAAUGAUAAUUAAUUUCUUAAUAUUUAUAAUUUUGGAAUUCACCCCGAUUCAUUCUUUAAAAUACGAUUGUAGCUCAACGGAAUAUAAUAGAUGCGUAAAAAUCGCAGAUCCUUUAGUCAAAGAGAUUCAUUUAAUUUUUCCCGAUAAUUUAGACGACGUCGAUCGCGUUUGCACCACAUGGAAUCAUUUAAUAAAUUGUCUUAGCACAUACACAGGGAAAUGUUUUACGUACCAAGAACGGAAUCAAUUCAACAAAGCUGUUCGAAGUUCGAUUGAGUCGGUGCAUCAGAUGUGCAACACCGAUUCGGGUUACCAAAAGGAAUAUUUAAGAUACGCCCCGUGCUUAAAAAGCACGAUAACCGAUCGCGAGCAUUGCGGGUAUGAAUAUAACACCUUGGUUAAUCAAGUUUCGAGGGGUGAUGACAUAUCGAGGGCGACUUUAUGCUGCACCCACGAGAAAUUUAAGAGAUGCGUUUCGACCGAAACGACGAAAUUGUGCGAUGGCGGGAUUCAAAAUGGACCGGCGACUAGGUUUUCAGGGCAAGUCAUUGAAAAGGCUUUGAGUUUUAUUCAAGAUCAAUGCUUCAAUUAUAUCCCAUCAAGUAAUAUAAAUUGCGAAAUUUUACUUCGAAACGAUUACUUCACCGAUUCAACAUUCCCGUCUUCAAUAACAACCACAAACAUACUCGCAAAAGAAUUACCACCAUUAAAUAAAAAAUCAACAAUAACUCCUUGGUUGCCUUCCACGAGCAUUCAAUUUACUCCAGUCGUUUCCGAGUCAUCAUCAGGCGACUCCAACGUUGACACAUUAGGUUCAAGAAGUAGACCGAGUUCUUACGGGCGUUCAAGUAGUUGGUCGGAUUUUAGCGAAACCCCAAAUUUCCCAACGACUAAUUUCGAGCAAUCGACUACUUAUUCGCCCGAUUUUUCAUCGAACGGAUGGGUCGUGUCGAAUUAUCCAUCAAAAACCGAUGAUUUCGAUGGUUUUUCAACUCAACAAGAUUCUAGAACGUUUUCGGAGGGGGCGUUCACAGAUUCGGAUCCAAAUUCGGUUCAAACUUGGUAUCCCGCAGCUGGGGAUCAAAUCGAAAAUGAAGUUGAGGAGCCGAAUCAACAAGGAUUGGUGAAGCGGCAUAAUGGUGGUGGGUUAAAAAUGCCGGUGAUAUGGGUUAUGGUGAUAACGGCGAUUUUAACGAUGAAAAUUUAGUAGGGUUAAGAUAAAUAAUUAAUUGUAAGGAUUAUAAAUAUACAUAUAUAAAGUAAUAUAUAUCGAAAUUAAACGUUAAAGCGAGCUUUAGGUUUAAAAAUGAAAGUUGUUACCAAAUUCUAGUACAAAAUUGUAUUUUUUUUAAAUAGUUACUUAUUGCACUAGUCAAUCUAAUUAAGUUUAAAAUAUUUACUUUUAAUUAGUGACAAGAUGUUCACCAGUCUACCAAGGAAAUAGUGUAUAAUAACGAAGAAGUUUUUAAUAAAAAUUAUUUAGUCUGAAAACAUUUAA